AUGGCGUUGCCUUCGGAAGAUGGAUCGUGUCACGUUCAUUCAUCAAUUUCCGACGAUGCAAUGGCAAUUGCUAUUGACCAGUCUUGUCCCCAGUUUGAGAUUGCGUCUGUGAAGCCUCUGCAACGCUUGGCGCUGAGUCAACUUGUCCGGGGUGACAAUGUUUUGCGAACUGUGGGCUAUUCGAGGGCGUUUGCUAUCGACCCUAUUGUUCUUGUUGUGGCGCCGUUGUUGUCUUUGAUGAAAGACCAGGUUGUGGACCUGACCGAGUGCUGUGUUCGUGCUUCUAUGAUAGGUGCCAGCCAAGCUACUGACAAGGAGAUAAAGGCUGGAAAGUUUGAAAUCGUAUUUGGAAGCCCUGAAAUUCUAGUUGGACAGAAAACAUGGCGAUUAGCGCUUCAAGAAGGCGUUUUCUGUGAUAGUGUUGUAGCGAUCGUUGCAGAUGAAGUUCAUACGGGCGGCCUUGCUAGACCAGAGCUAGUAGAGGAGGAUGAGGAUGAACCGUUUCGUGUCUGGUGCGGUCUUGUUGGAGAGCUAAGGUCUCUGGUGUGCUCUCCAAUUCUAGCCUUGACAGCAACGGCGUCCAAGGCAACACAAGAGAUCAUUGUGAGUUGUUUAGGAAUGUCUGGCAGAUGCUAUCUGAUUACUAAGAGCCCAGAGUGUGAUAACAUCUUCCUAGCUGUGCAGAGAGUACGUUCUGAUGUUGAAGCUACGUUCGAUUUCUUGCUGAGGCUGGUAAAGUUCAAGCAAAUCAACUGUCCAAGGGUGACAAGUCUUACUGGCCAGAAGCCCAGAUCAGUGCCCUGGUUUGCAAGUAUUCAGAUUGGUGAAACAUCGAUUGCAACCUCUUCUCCUGUGAUAGUCCAUCACUUUCAGACUGAACAAAGAGAGCUUCUGGAGUUUCUUCUUCUGGAGUACAAGAUGAAGGUGGAGACAGAGCUUGGAAUUGAAGAUCAGCCUUUGUAUACUCACCCAACUUUGGUAACAGGUCUUUCUGAUUAUGUACUGCAUUCAGUCGUAGAGAACGCCGGGCAGUUGUUUACCAUACAAGACAUUCAAGCUCUAACUCCAGUGAGCAUGCACUGA